AUACCACAGUUGGGUACUUUCUUACCACUAAACCGCCAACAACAAGGGAAAGACAAUCCCUCCCGCCCCACAAUAACCUGAACACGAGCUCAGGCCGAGGAUCGGUGAAAGAAAAGAUUGAUACAGCGUCCACCAUUAGGCGUGGAUGCAGGAAAUGGCCGCGUCAUCGAAUUACAGCGACCUUUACAAGACACAUUUCCCACCAGUACAAACCUCCCGAUUGAUAGGCCAGUUUUUCUGAUGACGUAGCGGAAAGAUUUCCUCACUUCGGACACAGGAACUCUUUGAUAUUCUUGGCUAUUUGUUCAGAAGUACAGUUUUUGUAACCCCAGCGGAGGUUAAGGACUGCACGGUUUGUGACGCGUAGGAAAAACAGUGUGCGCUUUUGUGAAAGGGGUAGAUUGAUUUCUUUUCUAUUCUCCGCUUAGAAUAACUUACAACCUUUUCAGCAAGGGGGGUGAUCGAGAGAACAGUGCGUUCUGUUACUUCGAUCCCGUUUUCCUGUGUCGGCUGGCGUAUCAGAUAUGUUCUUGGGACUCCGGCACGCGCGCACACUUCAAGUUUGGAUAGAGCUUUGUGAGGGGCCAAAAUGGCGUGGAGGAGUCUCUUGCUGAGCUCGCUGUGCGUCUUCUUCAUCUCAUCCUCAUCCCUCGCUAAGGAGGAGGCGGUCGAAAGGCGAGGAAACUUAAGACCCUCAGAGUCCGAAGACGAGCCCGGUAAAGGAGCGGUACCCUACCGGUACAUGCUCGGGCUGUAUACUCGGAAGAAGGGCCUGGUGUCAGCCGUGGAGGCGGGACAAGCGGACACGGUGCGGGCGUUCGUCGACAAGGCUGUAGAUUUUGAACAGCUGCCGGGCGAACACGACAAACGUCAUCGCUACUUCUUCAACAUUUCGUCUCUCUCCAACGACGACGUGGUGUCGGCCAUCCUGCGGGUGUUCCGCGAGCCGACCCCGCUCACGGUUCUGGAGCAGGACGGUCCACCGGAGCGAGCCGAGCUGUACACGUGCAGCAGGGGGCGUCGCCGCCGCGCAAGACUAGACUCCAAAAACCUGUCCCCGAAAAGCGGCGAGUCCAAGACGUGGUACCAGUUCGACGUGCGUCACGCCGUCAGGAGAGCCGUGCGGAAGAACGUCGACGUCGCCUGCUUCGAGCUGGUGGUGCGGUCCUUACGGUCCGGACGGGAGGUGAACGUCGUGAACGAGGGGUUCGGGUUGAACUCACGUCACACGGACAAAACGUCCCUACUCCUGGUGUCAUCCAAGUCGCUCGGGCCACGAUCGAUCACGGAGUCUCCUUUCAUCGGGGCGCUGACGAACGCCACGGCGGGGUCCGGCGGGAGAGAGAAGAGGCGGUCCCGACGGAAGAACGCGAGCCCGCGCCGCACGAGGAGACACGGCUGCAUGCGGAGGUCGCUUCAAGUGAGCUUUCACGACCUGGGCUGGGAUGACUGGAUCAUCGCACCGACUAACUACGACGCUCACUACUGCGCCGGCGCCUGCUCCUUCCCCCUCCGGUCUCACCUGGAACCCACCAACCACGCCAUCGUACAGACACUCGUCAACUCCAUGAACCCCAGGGCUGUUGAGAAGGUCUGCUGUGUGCCCACCAAACUCAGCCCCAUCAGUAUCCUGUACAUAGACGGGAAGGACACCGUGGUGUACAAGAAGUACGACGACAUGGUGGCCGACCAAUGUGGCUGUCGGUAGUCCUCUAGUCAGAUCGCUACAAUAGAAUUGGAGACGAUAACUAGCCUGGA